UCUGCGACAGGAAAUGAAUCGGCGAAGGACACCCCUCAAUGGGAGAAACUGCUGAUAAACACGUGAAAAAUGAGUGUAAGGUUACUAUGCCUUGAUUUGACGUAAGUAUUUUUUAUGCAAGUACAUUGUUUAAGUUGUAAAGAAUUAAAGAAGUGUUGCUCUAAUGCUGAACGGAUGGGUUUUAUCGUAAAGGUUUUCACGCAGUGUUUAUAACGGGAAGAGCUGACAGCUUCAGCGGUCGAUUGACAGCUGUGCAACCCGCUGACCUUCGGUUUUAUUUAUUUUUAUCUGUCUUCAAGCAUUCAGGUCAGUACUACUGCAAAAUGUUGGUCUUUGUGUACGGCGAGAGGAGAAAAGUGUAAAUUGCGUGAACUGUGAAAUAUAACUGGCAAAUUCACAUGAUAGUGACGGUUACCAAGGUAACAAAUCGCAGAGAUUGUUUUGUUGUGUAUUUGGACACUGUGAGUUAUAAAUGCUGCGCUAGUGAACGUUGCGGUAGAGCAUUUACCUCAAUAUGCGAAAAUUAGUUAACCAGCACACCAACAAAAAAGUAACAUGUGACUACCAUUGCUUUUUGAACAUGUACCACACGGUAAUACCAUGUUUCUUUGGACAAGUACCAUGAUGUUGUUUGGUAUAACGCGUAAAUACCAUGGUACAUGAACAUAAUUAUCAAAGUACCACAGUAUUACCAUCUGAUCCUAUCACAGUGUGGUUCUGCCUAGAGGUAGGCCGAUAUAUCGGUUUUACUGAUUAAUCAGUGCCGAUAGUUGCUUUUUGGAACUAUCGGUUAUCGGCAAAAAUCUCUAUCGAUAGUUGCAGAUAGUUUUUUAUUAUUAUUAUUAUUAUUCCUCAUCAACAAACCUCAUCUUGUGAUAUAUACACACACAUACUGUAUAUUCAAAACUCUUCAUCUGGUGAAUCUAUAGGCUUUAAAAAGCUUCAUUUGGUAAUUACUAACAUAAAGAGCAAAUCCCCGGUGUAUUUCGGCUUGUUUAUAGUUAGAAGUCCAGUUAUGCACCAAAUCUUAAUUUUUCUGGUUAUUAUUGGGACUUUGGUUGCACACUAACUUCUUUAGGGAUUUUAUUCAUUUUGGACUCUUAUAGCCUAAAUGUCUGUGCCUGUCAUAGUAAGGAAAGACAAAGAAAUGUUUCAUCAUUCUAUAAAUCGAUUAAAAAAACAAACUAUCGGCCGAUUAAUCGGUUAUUGGCCUUUUCCACCACCUUGGUUAUCGAUAUUGGUAAAAUCCAUUAUCGGUCGACCUCUAGUUCUGCCACAGUACUUAAUUGUAAGGGCAUUUAGAACCUGGUAUAAAUUGUGUAUUUAUUUAUAAAUUUGUGUUGUCUUUAUAGAAGUAUUAAUACAGUAGCUAUUACAUUUGCACAUAUUGAGAAGCUAGAACUGCUAGUGUGCUAGUGAUAUGGUUUGUCUCCCUGGUUUAGAAGGAUGUGUCUUUUAGCAUUUCCUCAAGCCAGAGACUCAUAAAGUGGUAAUACUUUAUAAUAAGGUUCCAUUCAUAAACAUUAGUUAAUGCAAUAGGUAUCAUGAACAAACAAUAAACUAUAUAUUUUUUACAGCUUUUAUUAAUCUUUGUUAAUGUUAGUUUAUAAAAAUACAAUCGUUCAUUAUUAGUUUGUGCAUAGUGCAUUUACUAAUGUUAACAAAUACAACUUUUGAUUUUAAAAAUGUAUUAGUGUAUGUUGAAAUUAACAUGAACUAACAAUGAUCAAUACUAAUCUUAGUUAAUACUGAUGUAAUGUUGUUAACUAAUGUUAACAAAUUGAACCUUAUUUUAAAGUGUUAUCCAUAAAGUAAUAUAUCUACAACCCUGUCCAACAGUUUCUGACUGAUAUGACUUUCCUGAGUGCAUAGUACAGCCUGUAGCACAGAUAUGUUGACACAUAGGAAUAAUUAUGCAUAUGUUUGUUUACCAUUUUCCAGUGUGUGCUAAAGACAUGAAUACAUUGGAGUGAUAUAACACAUCAUGACAACAGAGGCCGUGUCCUCAAGAGGUCGGACUCAGAUCCCAGCUCCUGUUCAGGAGGACUACUACUACUUUUUCCGCUCUUUCGCAGCAGGAGGUGUUGCAGGAUGCUGUGCCAAGUCCACCAUAGCACCUCUGGAUAGAGUGAAAAUUUUACUACAAGCUCAAAAUCCUCAUUACAAACACCUUGGAGUGUUGGCAACACUUAAGGCUGUGCCAAAAAAGGAAGGUUUCCUUGGACUAUACAAAGGAAAUGGGGCUAUGAUGAUCAGAAUUUUCCCAUAUGGAGCCAUUCAGUUUAUGGCUUUUGAUAAAUACAAAAAGUUCCUUAGCACACGACUUGGAAUAUCUGGUCACAUUCAUCGGCUUAUGGCAGGAUCUAUGGCAGGAAUGACUGCAGUUGUUUGCACUUAUCCACUCGAUGUGAUCCGAGCUCGCUUGGCAUUUCAAGUUACAGGAGAGCAUCGAUACACUGGCAUACGAAACGCCUUUCAAACCAUUUACCUUAAGGAAGGAGGAAUCUCUGGGUUCUACCGUGGUCUGACCCCCACAAUAAUUGGCAUGGCUCCAUAUGCAGGAUUUUCUUUUUUCACGUUUGGUACAUUGAAGACUCUGGGACUCACUCACUUUCCAGAGCACUUAGGCAAACCAUCUCUUGACAACCCUAAUGUUCUAGUGCUGAAGACUCAAGUCAAUCUUUUGUGUGGCGGAGUUGCUGGAGCAAUUGCUCAAACUAUAUCAUAUCCACUAGAUGUUGCCCGGAGGAGAAUGCAGUUAGGUGCAUCACUUCCUGAUUCUGACAAAUGCUUGAGCCUCACAAAAACUCUGAAGUAUGUGUACACCCAGUACGGCAUUAAGAAUGGACUGUAUCGUGGCCUGUCCCUCAACUACAUCCGCUGUAUACCUUCACAAGCAGUUGCCUUUACCACAUAUGAAUUCAUGAAGCAAAUUCUUCAUCUAAACUAAAACAACAGCAACUGGGCCUUAAAGAAACAAGUUGAUAUGACCCCUGCCAACGUCACAGCAGCAGUGGCUGCCAUUCCAGUCGUGGGUCUCAGAAACACCCACACAUUGAUGGUAAACCUGCGGCUUUGCACUCUCCAGCAAUGGUCACUAUGGAUACAGAGGACAAAACAUAUUUUUCUAUAAACCCCCUAACAACCAUCAAUGGUUAUGACACUGGUAAUGAAACCCAAGUAAACCCAAUCAAUCAAACCAUCUAGCUAGUAGGGAAAAUCACACUGAACAAUAUGCCUCAACUUAUCCUCCUGUCUCUAACUUACUGUAUAUCAGUCAUGAUGUAAGCAAAACAAAUAAUGCACUAUAGAUUUGAACUAAGUGGGCGGUGUUUCAAUAGAUGUAUAUGAAUGCUGUUAGCUACAGUAUGACUGAUGAAUACGUCAUUUUUUGAAGAUGGGAUAUAAUAUUUCUUUGCUAAUCUUGAUUUAUAUAUAGCAUAUAUUUCAUCAAAUCAGAGUCACUUCACCUCAAGUCUUACUGGCUGAAAUUAAUUUACUGAUAGCGCUAAGUUUAUUUUGUGCUCAAUUCGAUAAUAUAAUGAAUGAAAGAGUGUAUAUGAAGCCUAUGCAGUAUUAAGUAAUAUUUGCAUGCCGAUGUUACUAUGGCUCAGGAUUAAUGUCUGGUCAAUGCCUUACAGUACAGAUUAAUCCAUGAUAUACACAAUCUCCAUUUUGAAAGAGAGCAACAUCACAAACAAGUUUAAAUGUGUAGUGAUGAGCAUAUCACAGGCGAUUUGUGUAUGUUAAAUAUCCAUUGAUUUGUGAUGGGAAAAAAAUGAACUCCCUUGAAUAAAAAAAUGAUUAUGUCUUUUCAUGUGCGCAGGAAUUCACUUAAAGAUGGGUUAGCUUUUCUUUAGUUAGCCUUAGGUGUGAUAAAGAUGAUAAUCUUUUUCAGUGUUGUCAAACUACUGUAAAUUAUUCUGUCUUGCCUCAGUUCUGAAUCUUUUAUUGGAGUAACAUCAAAUUUACUGUACCAACCCAGACAUAUUCUUGACAGGUCUGUUCUCAUCUAUUAGUUUUCUUGUGGUGGCAGUGUUGCUGUGAAAUUCUGUAAAAGUGUCAUCUGGCCACUUUUAAAUUGGACUUAUGCAGCAACGUCCAACAUGUCCAUGUACCCAUUUGUUUCCAAAGGAUGAAAGGGAACAUAUAUUUGUGAAUAUGUAAACGCUUAGGCUAUGUUUAUCUUUAAGUACAGUCAACAGAUAUUGGAGGAUAUUGUUUUAUAAGUGACUAUGCAGACUAUAAAUGCAGUUGUAAAUGACUGACAAAAUGCAACCUUAAAGUUAAUGAGUAUUGACAGUCACGAUUUAUCACAUUUCAGGUUCAUUUGCACAAAAUAUGUUGUUUGUCUUCAUUUUUCUUUGCUGAUUCUGGAGAACUACAGAAAAAGUUAAUGUUGCUGCUUCGCGAUCUUUAAUUUUUAAAGACAUUUUUACUAGUAUUUAUUUGCGUUCUGACAAUGUGUUAUAAAGUUAAAUUUUUUUGUCCAAUUCAAAUGGUUGAUAGGCUUUGAACUAAUGAACAAUGAGAAUGCCUGUUUUGUACAGGUGAUUGUAUAUUUGUAUGUAUGUUUACAUGACCAUAAAAGACAUUUAAAUGUUAAACCAA